CGAUACUAGGACCUGAUCAAUUUGUUCUUCCUUGUUCCAAGUCACUCUCAACAAUUUCUCGAAAAUGGCGAGCCUGGAGCGCGUGGCGAGCCACCGGGCUGCCUCUUGCUCACAAAUCAUUAGCCCAGUUCGUUUUGGACGCUGGCAGAGCGUAGUGCACGUCUCGCGGUUGGACCGGCGUGUGGCCCUGCCCUCUCGCGUGCUAGUCUCCGCAGCAGCUGCUGAUGUACCCCAGCAAGGAGCACCCAUUACUUCUUCUACCCCUUAUGUUCCUACUGCACAUCAAUCGAUUGACGAGGACAACGUGUUGACUUCGUUCAUUGCCGAGACGCUCUUGCCCACUCGCCACGGGAAAUUUCGGCUCCGUGGCUACAAGCAUUCGACGGAUGGCGGGGCGACCUUCACCGAGCCUACCGCGAUUGUGUCCGGCAAGGUUGAGGGGCAGGAAGACGUGGCGGUGCGCGUGCAUGACGCCUGCUUCACGUCAGAGGUGCUGGGCUCGCUCAAGUGCGACUGCGCGGAGCAACUGGAGCUGGCGCUGCGCAUGAUCCAGGGCGCGCCGCCCGGCAUUGUGAUUUACCUGCAGCAGGAGGGCCGCGGCAUCGGCCUGGCCAACAAGAUCGCCGCUUACUCCUUGCAGGAGCAAGGCCUGGAUACGGUGGACGCCAACCGGGCGCUGGGGCUGCCGGACGACUGCCGCGAGUACACCUCGGUGCGCAACAUGCUUCAGGACAUGGGCGUCAAGAGCAUCCGGCUCAUCACCAACAACCCGCGCAAGAUCAACACGCUCACCAAGCUGGGCAUCCAGGUCAACGGCCGCAUCCCCUGCCUGGUGGCGGCGGGUGCGUACAACCAGGGCUACCUCGAGGCCAAGCGCGACCGCAUGGCUCACAUGCUGCCCGAGGAGGAGGCGCUGGGCAGCUCGCUGGGCGGACCCGAGCCGGCGGCGGCGGCGGCGCAGCGCCCCAACGGCGCGGGUGUGGAGGCGGGUGAGCUCAACGGCGACUUCUGCUUCUGGGACCACAGCGGCGAGCCCACGCAGGAACGGGACAUGACGGGGCAGGUGGCGCGUGACGGGAGUGGAUCGCGGGGCGGGCGGCGCAGUACCGGCGGUAGCACAAGCGGCACAAGUACCGGAGGUAGCAGCAGCACGGGCGCCACGCCCACAUUGCAGGGGCCUCCUGCGGCGCGGCGGGCGCAGGUGCCGCGGCAGCGCCCGCGGGAGGCCGUGGCAGUGCGUUCGAUGGCCGAUGACUCUAGCGGCGCAGGCAGCAGCAGCGGCGAGGCACCUAUCUUUAAGGCUGUCGCUACGGUGUACGCCAAGGGUGGUAUGGACCUGCCGCAGGGGCUAGCACAUGGCGACAACGGGCGUGUGGUGCCGGUGGCGGCAGCGCCCGCGGGCAGCAGCAGCGGCAGCGAUGCGGGCUCGUCGUGAGCGAAACAAAGCUCGUUAUACUUUACUAAAGGAUGGAGCAAUCGCAAGUGAGGGGAAGUAACAUUUUGGUGAAGUGUGUCGCCAAGUGCGCCGUUGGCCUCCAGAGUGGCUACGUGAGCAUAGUGGCGGACGCGUCAUCCAAGGGGCGUGGACGACACAUUCCGUGGCACUGCGUGAGCGAGUGCAACAAUGAGUAUGCGUGUAAUCGCGUGUUUGCUGUGUAUUGAGCGAAAGAAAGGGUAUGCUACGCAUUCAGUAUGACGGCCAGGUUAGCAGCCGGGCUGGGCGGGAGGCCGGGUCUAGGCGGUGCGACGCAUUUGCGCAAGGAGGCACGGUGGGCCGCUAUGAUGCCACUAUCAAGCUGGUCUCGUACAGGCUAGGGUCAGUGGGGCACUGACACAGGCAGUGUUAGGCACAUGCUGUUUGGGUACGGGCGCAAACGGUUCAAACGUGCAGUGGAGGUAGCGAGGUCAGGGCCUUGACGCGCGCGCAUGGAAUGCGCUGUGUUGUAUCGACCAUGCCCGGCAAGGUGCACGCAGGCUGGGACAGGACAGUUGCAGGCAGGUGUACGUGUGAGCAACGUGAACCCAAACUUUUAAUCCCGUGUAUAGCAGCGGAGCUCCUGGGCGCGAGCCCAGGACCCCAGGUUGUGGUACUGCAGUCAGGAAUUGUGUCAUGCGUGUGGGCACGUGAGCUUGGGAGCUGGUGCUCAGGGGCAGGUGCACAUCCCGGAGCAGGUAGCAUUUGGCGAGUAAUAGGUGGGAUGCAUUGCGGUAUAUCGCGCCAAGGCGUGAACUGAGGUAACAAAGGACCGCAUAUCGGGGUAUGUCAAGGAGCGAACCCAGAGCAGAUUGGAGGCGUGGGAAGGCUAACCAUGCGCUCAAGCAGGGUGUCUGGGGUUGCUGCAGCUCUGUACCCGGCCACACUAUCAGUGUGAUAGAGCAUGGGUACCACAGUAACGGAACCGUGCGUGA